CCUUUUUUGUUCUUAAGUAACCCGAUUUUUCAUUUUCAAUGCAGGAUCUGGAUUCAGAAACCCAAAUGGAGGAACAGGAAGCUGCUGGAGCUGAAUCGCAGGAGGGCUUGGAGGCCACAGCACGAGACCUUCAUGUGGUCCAGAUCGCGGCCACUGGGGAGUUGCUGGAAGGGGCUGUGCCCCCCCAGCAAUUUAAGCAGGAGCCAGAGGACCAGUGCUGGGAAAACCAAUUACAGGACUUCCUGAAAACCAUGCAGCCCUCUCAUUCGGGGUGGAGGAAUCCCCGGUCCCCUCACUAUAUGUUGGGGGAAGACCCCAAGUAUUGUCCAACCUCCUUCAAGAGAGGAGAAGAAGCUAGCCAGUGGCCAAAAGUAGAGUGCAUACCUCAAACCACGUUGGGUGACAGUAAGCCCUAUGGGAGUAGCCAGGAUUCACCCGUGAAAGUGAAGGAAGAGGUCCUGGAUGAGGACCUCGUCCACAUGGAGAUGCGGAGACAGCGGUUCCGUCUUUUCUGCUACGAAGAAGCCGAGGGGCCCCGGGAGGUUUGCAACCAGCUCUGGGAGCUCUGCCACCAGUGGCUGAGGCCGGAGACCCACACCAAGGAGCAGAUCCUGGAGUUCCUCAUCCUGGAGCAGUUCCUGACCGUCCUGCCCCCGGAGAUGCAGAGCUGGGUCCGGGAACAUGGGCCGGAGACCUGCACACGGGCUGUCGCCCUGGCUGAACGUUUCUUGCAAGACUCUGAGGAGCCGGAGCAAAAGGUGUCAGGAUCUUUAGAACAGGGGUUUAAUUCCCCCAAAUCGGAUCAUUCUCCACCUCAUGUCCUGAAGAUGCAGCUCCCUUUGGAAAAGAAGCAGGAGGAUGAUUGGGAGGCCACCUUGUCGGGGAACGAGCAGGUGCAGGAAGAGGAAGAAGAGGAGGAGUCUUUCCAGUCCAACCGGCCCGAGCCAACGGUUAGUGGUGGACUGUCCCUGGAAAGAGGAACUGGGAAAUGUUUCCAAGGCACUGAGUUGGAGGAGAACUCUGAAGGUCAUCCCGAAAGCCAUCCCGGAAAGGCAACCAAACGCUUUGAGGAAAGCAGCAGGAGUGCACGGGAAAGCUCCUUUCAGGAGGGGGCUCCCCGCCACGCCGACUCAGGGGAAAGUUCCGGCAAGAGUUUUGGCCCCCAGGAAAUUCAGCCGAUGGAGAAACCCCACAAGUGCUCAUUCUGCGGGGCAAGUUUCUAUGAGAGAACUCACCUCAUUAUCCACGAGAGGAUCCACACUGGGGAGAAGCCCUACAAGUGCUCGGUUUGUGAGACGUGGUUCUCUCAUCCCUCUGAGCUGAUGAGGCACGAGGAGACCCACAUGCCCGAGAAGCCCCACAAGUGCGCCGUCUGCGGCAAAAGUUUCAAUCAGAAAGCCUCCCUCAUCACCCAUGAGAGGACACACACAGGGGAGAAGCCCUACGAGUGCUCCGAGUGCGGGAAGAGCUUCAGCACCAGCUCCCAGCUCAUCACCCAUAAGAGGGUCCACACGGGGGAGAAACCCUACAGCUGCUCCUACUGCGGGAAGAACUUCAACCAGAAGGCGUCCCUGAUCACGCACAAGCGGACUCACACGGGGGAGAAGCCGUACGAGUGCACGCUCUGCGGGAAGAGCUUCAGCGCUUGUUCCCAGAUCAUCAACCACAUCCGGGUCCACACGGGAGAGAAGCCCUACGAGUGCCUGGAGUGCGGGAAGCGUUUCGGGAGCAGCUCCCACCUGACUGAUCACAAGCGGACGCACACGGGCGAGAAGCCGUACAAGUGCCCCGACUGCGGGAAGAACUUCAGCCGGAGUUCCAACCUCACAGCUCACAGCCGGAUCCAUACAGGAGAGAAGCCAUAUAUAUGCUCAGGUUGUGGCAAAAGCUUCAGGCAGAAGGCGUCCCUCAUCACGCACAAGAGGACUCAUACGGGGGAGAAGCCGUUCGAAUGCGCCGAGUGUGGGAAGAGCUUCAUUUCCAGCUCUCGCCUCGUCAGCCAUAAACGGGUCCACACGGGGGAAAAGCCCUACGAGUGCUUAGAGUGCGGGAAGUGCUUUAUAUCCAGCUCCCACCUUCUAAGCCAUAAAAGAGUCCACACAGGAGAAGAACCUUUGAAAUGUUCGUAGAGAGGAAAGCGUUGCCAAUGUGGCACCGCCCUUCCCAGGGCUGGCUUUCAUGUAACUCUGGCGGGGAAUCCUAUAUCUCCGGGAUGGCGUAGCAUCUGUAAUCCUGAGGGCCAUUCCGUUUCCUCGAUGUACCAUGAAAGUUUUGUUUGUUUAUUUGUUUUAAGGAACCUUGUUCUUUUUUUCUUUUUUUUUCCCAUAAGCUCAGGGACGUUCCUGCAAGAUCCACGUCCCGGCUUUAUCUGUAAGGCCAGCUGGUGCGUACCCUGGCCACAACGCAUCUUCCUGCACUUCAGCAUGCGGAAGAUGCAGGCUUGGCUUGUGUGAACAUUGCUCCCAUCUUCCUGAAAGAGGCAGAAGAUAUCGCCCAUUGAGGUAAACGCCAAGUAUGUGGGCCACAUAUCAAGCAGGUGGGGCCAAAGGGUUGACUCAGUGCAAGUCUGUCUCACAGCGUCCCCUGGGCCAGCUGUGCCCAUCUCGGCAGCUGACGGUGUGAACCAGCCUUGCUGUAAGAAAGAAUAGCUAAGGGGGAUUUUGACAGGGAGAUCGUUGGGAAACAAAGACAUUUUUCCGUGUCUCUCUCCCUGCCUGCCAUCAAGAAGACCUUUCCCCGCGACUUGAUCAGCUAAAGGAACCCUGAGUAGUCAUGCUCUGAAUAUCGUAAAAGAUCUAGGAAACACUUUACCUGUGCAUAUUUUACAGCUCUGAGCAAAGUGUUCUCCAGGGAUUUCUCCCUUUUGCCAGGAAACCACAGUGUGUGGAAUCAUGCCCGAGUAGUUGCAGAGAAGACCUCAAGGCUGGGUUCACGCAACACCCUAAACACUAACCUCAGGUUGACAAAGCACAAUGGCUCAAUGUCGUUCACUUAACAUACUAAACAGAUAAAUAUUUCUGGCGUAAUGGAAUGGCCCAGUUCACUCAGCUCUCCAAGACAGAGAGAGAUUAGCCCCAUUGUCGCCUAACCUAGUUUGUGGUGCAAACUCAGCCUGGAUCAGGAGCACUUCUAGGAUAUUUGGCUCUUGUAACUGCCCAGAAUGCCCUGUGGGAACCGCUGCUCUCUCUUAUGUCAACAUUGCGGUCCUGUAAUGUUUGGGGGUUUAUGGACUGAGUUGCCAUCAUGCUGUGUUUGGUGGACGAUGGGAAGCAGAAUGCAGGGCUUGGGGGUGUGAACUAGCCAGGUUCCUCUUUUUAUUCUUAAUUUCCAUUGUCUCUCUCUCUCUCUAUAUGGGGCAGUGCUGUACCAAGUGGGAAUCAGGAGAGACGUACUGGCCAGAAGUGUGUGCAAGAGAGAAUUUUUCAGAGGUGUGUUGCGUUUCUAGGAGGAAGAGGGAAGAUUCUGACUGGGUUCACACAUGCAUGGGCCGCAGACUUGAGCAAUGGCCACGCUGCGAAAUGUGGAGAUUUGAAAGAGAUGUGAGGAGGCCUGUUUACCCAUCCUGAGUCCUUAUUUAAAGCGUCCUGCAUCUAGCAAGCACGUAAUCUGCAUGUGUGAACUGCUCCAGAGGGGUGUUCUGUUUGUAUUCUGGAGAAUGUGGUGCUCCCCGCAUUGCAUGUGGGGAAAUAGGGAAGAAAGAGGGGUGGCUCUGUUGGAAAGAAAGGAGCUUGCAGGUAAAUAGGGCAUUGUAUCCAAUACGUGUAUAAAACAAGUGUGGAGCCACAGAGGAGCUGAAAUGCCACAUGUUCCCUUUCUAUGUUUUUUUUCCUUUGCUCUCCAGUUAUUGAGCACCUACCUACAAAGGCUGAGGAAGCAGCUCUAAAAUGUUUCUUCCACUGUUUGGAUCAGUGAGAUUGAAAACAGGGAGGAUUCUGGGAAAAAGAAGAAUUGAAGCUGACCCUCUCUUCCUUCCUAGGCCCAGUGUCUGGAUGCCAGGAAUGUUUCAAGCUACUUAGAAAGUUAGAGAGGAUCUAGGCUUUCUGCAUCAGGUUCUUCAGUAACUCCUCUUCCAUCAACACUGAUUUUAUAGUUUAGGGCAGUGUUUUUCAAACUUGACAACUUAAAGAUGGGUGGACUUCAACUCCCAGAAUUCCCCAGCCAGCAAGUUUGAAGAAGACUGGUUUAGGGCUUCUCCGAGUUUUCUCUGCUGCCUUAUAUGGAGUUGGGUUUGUUCAGAAAUUGGGCACAUGGAUUCUAACAGUUCAGUGCAGGACAUUGUUGGGUAAAAUUGAUACUGGCCUAGUCCAUAAAUGGUAACCUAUUCUAGUAGCUCAGGGCAACUUAAUAGAAGGUGAGAAGGGGGAAUCUUAAUUUGUCUUACAGUAACCCUGGUGGUAGGCACAUUCAAGAAUUUAUGUGGUUGUCCUCUCCUGGUCAAAAAGAGGAUUGGGAAGGGAAAGAGUAUGACACAUGGCAAUGUGGAGAUUGACCAAUAGAAGACAGCACAUAGCCAACCUUGGUUGAUCUUGGAAAAACUAAGGCCUGAAUAGCCUUGGGAUGGGAGACUUCCAGGAGAUCCCAGGCUGUAAGACUGGGAGAGCAAUCAGAAAACAUCAAACCUCGUCCAUACUCAUCUCAGAAUACUACAUGGUCCAUGAAGUCAUCAGGAGCUCAGCUCAACUUGAAGCAGACUUGAAAUCAUUAGGUAGAUCACUUGACCCUUCCAAUAAAAGCAGGGUUGGGGGUGUUCUCCCUUGCCACUGUUGUUGUUUUGACCCAAAAUUAUGUGCAACCAGUACAGGCUUGUGAGCCCAAGUUCAGCCCUUACUGUGCAUUUGAGAAAUCCUCCUUCAAACUAAGCCAACAUGAUUUGAGCCUCAAUCAAAUGGGGUAUAUUGUAGUCUAAGCUGGCAAUUUUGCACUCAAAACAUUCCUAAGCGAGAACGUUCUCCAUACUUCUCUGUUUUUCCUUGGUACUCAUGAAAUACCAAGUUGGGCUAUAAUAAAUUUAAAUAAAUAAUAAUAAAUACUGUAGGCAUGCUGUGCCCUUGUAAUCAUAGGAUAUUCUAUCACCCAUGUUCAUAUUUUCCAUUGGAGGAAAAUGGAGAUAACACAUAGCUAUGACCUCCAUCUCAUCUGAUUUCGCGUCCUGUAUCAUAAGUCAGGAGAGAUUCGAACACAGGUCUUGCCAGUCCAGGAGAAGCUCAGUGCCUGGAAAGUUCCACAAGAGCCUUGCCAACCUCAAGAUGGUUGGGCAGAAGCUCCCACCGUCCCCAGUCAGGCUGGCCUCCUCCAAUGAUGGGCAUUAUAAUCUGAUGCUGCUGGAGUGGUCCAAGUUGAAGAAUGCUAGUGCUGAGCCCUCCUACGGCCCAGAAUUCAAAUUGUUUAGUGUGUGUCUAGCUAGAAGAAAAUGGCCUUUCUUCCACGAAAAGAAGAACGUCCAGUGAAGACCCGCCACUUGUCCUGAUUCAGCAGCUGAGUCUUGGUAUCUGCCCUUCCUUCAAAUCCGAAUUAGCCAGUGCUUCCUUUUGAGAUAAUUGUGACUCCACCGCCUGUUCUCCAGCCUUCUGUGGCUUUCUCCUUAGACUAAACUUCACCUUUUGCGCCCAUCUGUAGCCCCUCGACCUGUAUGCAUGUCUGCUUUAUUCGCACAGAGGCACGGAGAGGGGUGAGCACCGCUUUCUUCCCGUGAACAUUUGUGAUUCUGUAGUUGUAAAUGCAUUAAAAAUAUCUUUAAUUUAUCCAUAUGGGUUUCUUGUUGAUCUUACCUUAAACUUUUUUUGGGGGGGGGUGGAUUCUGUUUAUUUCAUUACAUCACAGGUGGGGGAGAUGAACCCCAAUGUGCCAGCAGAAGCCAUUGGCAUCUGUCCAAAUGCCUGCUGUAGUGUUGGCUCUGCUCUGUUGACUAAUAAAACUGGAUUUAUAUAUGUUAGACUCAAUGGGGAGAGGAUGAUUUCUUGGCAAACUCAGCUCCAUGGGGUGGCCUUUGUCUUUUCUGCUAUCCCAGUCUGAAUGUACCCUUUCAGAAAGCUGCUUAAUUAAAUGAUUCAUUAUAGACCUCCAACAGCCAGUAGGUCUAUCACAAUUCUCUGCCAUUCAACUGGAAGUCCAUCUGGUCCAGGGUUUCCCCAGUUUCACAGAUCACAAUGUCCCUAUGAUCACUUUUACUGUCAAUAUGUAGAGAAUAACAAAGAUGACCUUGAUGGAGAUAUGCAAGUUCCAUUGCCAGAGGAACGGGGGUGAAACAUAGUUUAAGUCCACAAAGGACAGACAACAUUCAGAAGAAGUGGCUCAGACAGACGCUUCCUCAUUCACUGAGAUGUAAGAAGGAAGAGGAGAUGCAGGUCCUGUUCCUGUAGCCAAUCUCAAUCAAAGGAUCUUCCUGUUCUGAUUUUUUUGGUCCGGUCUACCUAGUGGAGCUUACAAAUAUGUUUACAAAUAUGUUUUUAUGUUCCAGAGAAAUCUCUUCCAUUUCAAUAUGUUCCAGGAAAUUAGUAAUUUGCUGUUCAGUUACAAAAG